AUGAGCGAAGUUGCAAAGAGAUGUUCCCGGGUUACAAGGGCCCAAAAAGAAUGCUUGGUGCAAUUUAUGGAGGACCACAAAGAGUUUGCCAGGGGGCAAUUCAAUUGCCCAAACUCCCACCAAAGCUCAUUGAAUAUGUGGGAAAUAUUGGCGCUCAAUUUAAAUGCUAUGGGACCCAUAACAAAAUCAAUUGAUCAGUGGAAAAAGUGUUGGCUUGACUUGAAGUCCGGGGUGCGGAAGCAAUGCAACUCCCGGAAAGCAUUUUUUAACAGAACGGAAGCUGGCAGCAUCGUGGACGCGCCCCGAAAUUUAAACGAAUUUGAGGAAAAAAUACUCGUAAUAAUCUCAACACAUGCUGUGGAUGGAGAUGGGUUGACUCCCGAAUCCGGGGUAGCUUCAAACACCGUAAAUAAAACAUAUCCCCCUUAUUUAUAA